AUGAAUGCUCUCCCUCAAACGCAAGCGCAAACCGUUCCAGAUGCAUGGGAUUCCAAGGGUCAUCCUGCAGACAGAUCCAAAACUGGUGGAUGGGCAUCAUCUGCCAUGAUCUUAGGAUCAGAAGUAUGUGAAAGGUUAACAACAAUGGGUAUAGCUGUAAAUUUGGUGACGUAUUUGACUGGUACCAUGCACUUAGGAAGUGCUACCUCUUCCAAUAUCGUCACCAACUUCCUCGGAACAUCUUAUAUGCUUGCAUUGUUCGGUGGCUUUGUAGCGGACACUUUUUUAGGAAGAUACCUUACCAUAGCCAUCUUUGGAACUAUUGAAGCAAUUGGUGUUAUAUUAUUCGCAAUAACAAUAAAAAUUCCAAACCUUCAUCCACCAACUUGCUCAUAA